CUUAAAAAAAAAAAAAGAUGAAGUCACUGGAAUGGGUCCUAAUUCACUAAUUUUAAGAACAGGAGAAGACAGAGACAUACAAGAGAAGAUGGUCAUGUGACAACGGAGGCAGAGAUUGAAGCGAUAAAUAUACAAGCCGAGCAAUGCCCAUAAUUGUCAGUAAGCACUGAAGGUAGGAGAGGUAAGGAAGGAUCCUGCAGGUUUCAGAGGGAGCAUGGCUCUGCUGACACCUUGAGUUUGGACUUCCAGCCUCCAGAACUGAGAUAACAAAGUUCUGCUGUUUUAAGCCACCCAGGUUGUGGUACUUGGUUAUUGCAGCCCUUGGGAACUCAUUCAUUUAUGGUUAAUUUCAACCACAGUGGCAGAGUUGAGUGGUUUUGAUAGAGAUUAUAUGGCCUGCAAAACCUAAAAUAUUUACCAUUUGACCCUUUGCAGGAAAAGUUUGCUGACCCCUGGUCUGCUGUAUGGAAGAAGGAUACAGUCCAAUGCAAGACUAUAUACAUGAGAAGCUCUGGAUAUUAUCUAUAACCCUUAUAAAUUGGAUGUGAGCAACUGAUCAUGUGUCUGAGAAUUAACCCUUUCUAGAGAGAACUCCGCAGCGCCUUGAUCCUGACCUGAAGGAUCCCAGUGAUGUCCUCAAGGAGUGGCUGGCUUAAAAACUUCUUGGAAGGAGAAGGAGGGAUCUUUGUUACAAACUUCCGCCCCUCCUCCUGCUUCUGUUCCCUUCCCCUCUACCCCCUGCAGAGUUGUGUUUCUGGGAAUCAGCAAGCUCUCCCCACCUGGCAAAACUGCUCAGAGCUGCUGUAGAAUUCACCCCAGUUUCCUCUCUCAGUCGGUGGAGUGGGGUCCAGCCUCUCGCUGAGCACUUUGAGAGGAAUUGGCUGUCUUUGAUCUCCACCUCCAGGAUCAAAGAAUAUUUUCAUAAUGGACACUUCAUCCAAAGAAAAUAUCCAGUUAUUUUGCAAAAGUUCAACGCAACCUGUUGGGCAACCUUCGUUUAAAACUGAAUAUUCUUCUUCAAAGGAGGAGCACGGAUGCUGUGGUGAACUAAAGGUAUUUUUGGGUGCCUUGUCUUUCGUCUACUUUGCCAAAGCAUUGGCAGAAGGCUACCUGAAGAGCACCAUUACUCAGAUAGAGAGAAGGUUUGAUAUCCCUUCUUCGCUGGUGGGAGUUAUUGAUGGUAGUUUUGAAAUUGGGAAUCUCUUAGUUAUAACCUUUGUAAGCUACUUUGGAGCCAAACUUCACAGGCCAAAAAUAAUCGGAACAGGCUGCCUAAUCAUGGGAGUUGGAACAUUGCUCAUUGCAAUGCCUCAGUUCUUCAUGCAGCAGUACAGAUAUGAAAAGUAUUCUCCUUUCUCUAAUUCCACUCUCAGCCUCUCUCCAUGUUCCUUGGAGUCAGACAAUCAAUUACCUCACUCGGUUAUAGAAAAAUCACAAUCCAAAAGAAAUGAUGAAUGUGAAAUGGAUGCCAGCUCUUCCAUGUGGGUUUAUGUUUUCCUUGGGAACCUUCUUCGUGGAAUUGGGGAAACUCCUAUUCAACCUCUAGGCAUCGCCUAUCUUGAUGAUUUUGCCAGUGAAGACAAUUCUGCUUUCUAUAUUGGGUGUGUGCAGACGGUUGCAAUUAUAGGACCCAUCUUUGGUUUCCUGCUAGGCUCAUUAUGUGCCAAACUGUAUGUUGACAUUGGCUUUGUAAACCUGGAUCAUGUAACCAUUACUCCAAAGGAUCCCCAGUGGGUAGGAGCCUGGUGGCUGGGUUACCUAAUAGCAGGAAUUGUAAGUCUUCUUGCAGCUCUGCCUUUCUGGUGUUUACCAAAGAGUCUGCCGAGACCCCGAAGGAGAGAGGAUUCCAAUUCCUCCUCUGAGAAAUCCAAGUUUAUCAUGGAUGGUCAUACAGACUACCAAACGCCUCUUGGAGAAAAGUCAAAAAUAAUGGAAAUGGCAAGAGAUUUUCUCCCAUCACUGAAGAAUCUCUUUGGAAAUCCAUUGUACUUGUUAUAUUUGUGCGCCAGUACAGUUCAGUUCAAUUCUUUGUUUGGAAUGGUGACCUAUAAACCCAAGUACAUCGAGCAGCAGUAUGGGCAGUCAUCCUCUAAGGCCAACCUUGUUAUCGGGCUUAUCAACAUACCUGCAGUGGCCCUUGGAAUAUUCUCUGGGGGGAUCGUUAUGAAAAAGUUCAGAAUCAGUGUGUAUGGAGCUGCUAAACUCUACUUGGGAUCAUCUGUUCUUGGGUACCUCCUAUUCCUUUCCCUGUUUGCACUGGGCUGUGAAAAUUCUGAUGUGGCAGGACUAACUGUCUCCUACCAAGGAACCAAACCUGUCUCUUAUCAUGAACGAGCUCUCUUUUCAGAUUGCAACUCAAGAUGCAAAUGUUCAGAGACAAAAUGGGAACCUGUGUGUGGUGAAAAUGGAAUCACAUAUGCAUCGGCAUGUCUUGCUGGUUGUCAAACCUCCACCAGGAGUGGAAAAACUCUUAUAUUUUAUAACUGCACCUGUGUGGGGAUUGCUGCCUCAAAGUCAGGAAAUUCCUCAGGCAUGGUGGGCAGGUGUCAGAAAGAUAAUGGAUGUCCCAAAAUGUUUCUGUAUUUCCUUGUCAUUUCAGUCAUCACAUCCUAUACUUUAUCUCUAGGUGGCAUACCUGGAUAUAUACUGCUUCUGAGGUGCAUUAAGCCACAACUUAAGUCUUUUGCCCUGGGUAUCUACACCUUAGCAAUAAGAGUUCUUGCAGGAAUCCCAGCGCCCAUGUAUUUUGGAAUUCUGAUUGACACUUCAUGCCUCAAAUGGGGGUUUCAAAGAUGUGGAAGCAAAGGCUCCUGCAGAUUAUAUGAUUCAGAUGCUUUCAGACACAUAUAUCUGGGACUAACUGUGAUGCUGGGCACAGUGUCCAUUUUCCUAAGUAUUGCAGUACUUUUCACUUUAAAGAAAAAUUGUGUUUCAAAACACAGAAGCUUCAGAAGCAAGACAGAAGGAACAAUGGUGUCUACAAGAAUCAGGAAGGAAAAUUGUACUACAAGUGAUCAUUUGCUACAACCCAACUACUGGCCAGGCAAGGAAACACAGCUUUAGAAAAAUGGUGACUUGAAGUCAUGUUUUCUAAUUACUGGAAAUUCUGCAAACAAAUAGAUUUUAAUCAAAGGGGUUUUAAAUGUGUCAUUUUUUUCUCCUUUCAGAAAAAGUCUUUGUUUUUGACCCUAGGUAUUAGAUAAUGUACCUAAUGACAAAUAUAAUUAAACAUAUUAAAGAAAAUGUAGAUAAUAAAGUUAAUCCAAACCUUUUAAAUCUUCCUUAUAUUAUUUAUAUAAAUUCCUUAUAUUAUUUACUCAUUCUGCUUAAUUUUGCCUUGUGCCCAGUGAUAUAUUAGCUAUAUUCCUAGAACAAGUGUCCCAAUAGUCUAAUGGCUAUAUGUAAUUUCUAAACUGAAAUACUUGUCAAGGGGAAGAGAGUUGUGUUAAAAAAAUGAAAUUAUAUCUUGGCCUCCUUCAAAUGUGACUUUAAUGAAGAUGUUGGGUUAGAGCCAGAAUACGUAGAGAAAGAUUUCAUUCUAAGCUCUUCCUUUCUUUUGGACUACAAUAAUUGAUAUAGAAAUGUAUAGUGGCAAAUGAUCGGAGGAUUCGAAUUUUGGAUUAUUGGCUCUUCUACCACCCAUUAUAUGUGCUUUGUGUGUGACACUCGAAGUGACCAUGAUGGUAAAGUAAUAAAAUUAUUAUUAACAUGCUUCAUUGUCCUUCUGUAAAUUCAGUGGAUUAACAAA